CAGCCCCGGCCCCAAAUCUGCCACCACGCCUGCGCGAGCGGGCGUGCCCCGGAAGCAGUUCUUUGGCCUCCUGACACGUAGCAACGGGGCCGGUACCGGGUCCUGAGCCGAGUUUGGGGGCUGCUGGGGGCUGCGGGAGCCACCGCCGCCGCCGCCGCGUUAGAGCAUCUGCCAUGUCAGGCUUUGAAAACCUAAACACGGAUUUCUACCAGACGAGUUACAGCAUCGAUGACCAGUCACAGCAAACCUAUGACUAUGGAGGAAGUGGAGGACCCUAUAGCAAACAGUAUGCUGGCUAUGACUAUUCGCAUCAAGGCCGAUUUGUCCCUCCAGACAUGAUGCAGCCACAACAGCCUUACACGGGGCAGAUUUUCCAGCCAACUCAGGCGUAUACUCCAACUGCACCUCAGCCGUUCUAUGGAAACAACUUUGAAGAUGAGCCACCUUUGUUAGAAGAAUUGGGUAUCAAUUUUGACCACAUCUGGCAAAAAACACUGACAGUGUUACACCCGUUGAAAGUAGCAGAUGGCAGUAUCAUGAAUGAGACUGAUUUGGCAGGACCAAUGGUUUUUUGCCUUGCCUUUGGAGCCACUUUGUUACUGGCUGGCAAAAUCCAGUUUGGCUAUGUAUAUGGCAUCAGCGCAAUUGGAUGCCUGGGAAUGUUUUGUUUAUUAAACUUAAUGAGUAUGACUGGUGUUUCCUUUGGUUGUGUGGCAAGUGUCCUUGGAUAUUGUCUUCUUCCCAUGAUCCUACUUUCCAGCUUUGCAGUGGUAUUUUCUUUACAAGGAAUGGUAGGAAUCGUUCUCACUGCUGGAAUCAUUGGAUGGUGUAGUUUUUCUGCUUCCAAGAUUUUUAUCUCUGCAUUAGCCAUGGAAGGCCAACAGCUUCUGGUAGCGUAUCCUUGUGCUCUGUUAUACGGAGUCUUUGCCCUCAUUUCCGUUUUUUGAGCCGAGUUUGUCUGGAAUGUGGACAUCAUUGGGCCAUAUAUCAAAAAGGACUUGGAACUCUUAAAUCGGACCAGCAAACUGCAAACUACAGUGCCACUCUCAGCAGAUCUGAUGUUUGACUCUUGGAGCAAUGGAAGUAAACGUGUAUCUUUUGUUCAUUUUUAUAGAACUUUUGAAUACUAUAUUGGAUUUACCUGCAGUUGACUAGGUUUAAGUGUUUGUGCUUGUACAGAUAAGUGCUAUUUCUUUCCUGUUCCUGCAGCCUUAGAGGAACAACAUUUUUUGUUGCUAAUUAUAUAUUACAAUGUUUUGAUAGAUUUUUAUCAACUAUGGGAAACCAACCACAGACUUGAUAGUCUUUCUUAAAAACAACCCAUAGUAAAGAAGAUGUGAAACUUGGAGAAAUGUUUUUCCAAGGAACUAGGAAAGAAAAAUGGCCUGUAUUCUCACAUCAGAUGCAUUGAAGCAAAAAAGUGAUCCCAGUUGUAAAGUUUUAUGAGUUUGCACUUCAGAAUUUGACAUUCCUCUAAAUUAUCUCAUGGAAUUUUGGCUAAAAUUCAGCAGUACAGUUAAUUCACAGUCUACCUUAUUGUAGACAUGAAAUGUGAAAAUGUUUAGACAUUAGCGUUAACUAAACCAUAGUGACCCAGCCUGGCUGCGUUAAUGCUCAGAGUUGGAUCUCUGUUUCCCAGGAGAAAGAAAGUCACUAACCUUUUUUGAGAAAAAUAUUUAGUGUCAGUUUUGGUAUUGCAAUUAUCAAUGUAAACUGCAUUUGAUGCUUAUUAUUAAAAUUUUCCCAGUUAAUUUAAAUUGUGUUGGUGAGUUUACUUUUGCUAAACCACUGUUCUUUGGUGUCCCCUUUUCUUUAAUUACAAUCUGGUUUUUAUUUGUAGUCUCAAUUUAUUCUAAGCUUUAAGAAUAGUGGUCAUUUAGUAUAGAAUGAGAAAAAAUGAUAUUAAACAAAAAGCAGUUUGCUUCGAGUUAUCACAUUAUUUCCUUGUACUAAAUUUAUUUGGUUAAUAUGUUCUCGUCAGAGAAUCUAUAAGAAAAUACUAUAUCUUGUAUAUUGUUGAGUGGCUUUUUCUGUAGACAUUGCUUCUGAUUUUGGACAAACCUGUUAUGAGAAAAGUAUGUUGAGAGGUAGAAUUUUUUUUUUUUUUUUUUUUGUUAUUUAAAGAGGAGACUUUCAGACUAAAUAAAAAUGCCAAACUGA